GCACUUCUCACUUGGCUACCCGAACGCUCUGGUCGAGAGUAAAUAGGGACUAAUGCGUUCCGAAAAGCCCCUCGAAGUCGAGCAGUCUGUUCAUGCAAUCAGUGUCGGUCGAACGCACGGCGCGCCCACACACUUAGUGCACGGAUCGCGUGUAUGGGCUGACCUUACGAUCCCCCACGACCCCCGCGUCCCUCCAUUUCAGUGCCGACAAAAGCCAUGGCGCAGCGCAAGCUUAACGCCAGUGGACCGCAAGGUUCGCGGAACAGCUCCAUCAGCAGCGCUGCGAGUGAUGCACCAGGCCUCCUAAAAUGCCGCUACAUCUUCGCGUUCAUCAGCUUCCUGGGCAUCGCCAUUCUGUACGCGCUACGGGUGAACCUGUCUGUGGCCAUCGUGACCAUGUCCAAGUCCACCACCAGCACCAGCACGUCGGCCGCACGCCUGGACACGUGGAGCGGCAUGCUCAGCCUCAACGCCGCCCAGAACGGCUCGGAGGACGGCACGUGCCCGUCAGAGAGCAGCUCCUCCGGGUCCGCGUCCACGUCAACGACGACGGGUGAAUUCGACUGGAACACUGAGUACCAGGCCUUCAUCCUCACGGGUUUCUUCUACGGCUACGCGCUGGGCCAGUUCCCCGGCGGCCUCCUGGCGGAACGCUUCGGCGGCAAGAUCGUCUUCGGCCUCGGCACCCUGGUGCCGGCCGUGCUCACCAUCGUCAGUCCCUUCCUGGCGCGGGCCGGCGGCGGCUGGUUCUUCGCCGUUCGCGUGCUCGAGGGCCUGUUUGAGGGCGUCACGUUCCCCGCCAUCCAGUUCAUGAUCGCCAAGUGGGCCCCGCCGGCGGAACGGAGCAGAUUCGCAACCGUGUACACGGGUGAGUAA